CGAAAUCAAAAAGCACAUUCAUAGACACUAGCCAAAGAAAACAGAUCCGAAAUUGGAGAAGUCUUUUCCAGAAGCGAAGAAUUUCAAACCAGUUAUAGCGAUGUAUCUUCUGUGGCUAAUUUCUAUGAUUGGUGCUGUCGCGUGUCAAGAUUAUGCCUACCUGUCUGAUCAAAAAGCUCCAGCCCCAGCAAACUGGUCACAAAUCUUUCCAAAAUGCGCAGGGCAACUUCAGUCUCCUGUCAACAUUGAGACAAAGAAAGUGAAGAAGAAAAGCUAUCCUGAUCUCGAAAUCAGUUUUGACAACCCAUGUGGCCGAGUGACUGGAGAGCUGCUUAAUGGCGGCCAUUCUCCUGUUUUUAACAUCGACAGCUCAAAGGGGGGCGCUAAACUCAGUGGCGGUCCCUUGGAGUGUGACGAGUACGCUCUUCAACAAUUCCAUUUUCAUUUUGGAUGCGAAAACAAUCGCGGAUCAGAGCACUUGAUUGACAACCAGACUUUUCCAGCUCAGCUUCAUUUGGUUUUCUAUAACAAAAAGUACAACUCCUUCAAGGACGCCGUGGAUAAGCCAGACGGUUUAGCAGUUUUGGGAGUCCUUCUCACGGCAACAUGCCCAGGGAACAAGGUUCUAGGAAAUUUAGCUAAUAAACUGAAGAAAGUGAUUGACGAAGGUGCCAGCACCAAUGUGACCGCUGCGGACGGCAUUAAACUGAAUUACCUUAUGCCUUACAAUAACAAACAAGUCGACGAAGAUGAAGAUGAUGAUGAAGACGAAACCGAUGAUGAUGACGUCGCUAACAGCGGAGAAGAUGACGAUGAAGACAGCAAAAAGAAAAUACGUUAUUACACUUACAAAGGCUCCCUUACCACCCCUCCCUGCUAUGAAUCUGUCACCUGGAUCGUUUUCAAGGACAAAGUCAAGAUUUCAAACACUCAGCUAAACAAGUUCAGGAAAUUAAAGGCUAAGCAUGGUGGUGCUCCUGGUUUGAUGUGUGACAACAUUAGACCGGUACAACCGCUGUACAAACGCAAGGUGUAUUCCGUUAUCUCAAGCAGGGACUAAACAACCGAAAGCAGAGUAUGAAACUUGUUCUGGUCUCGCUUUGAAAAAAGAUAAAUUGAAGGCGCAAAUGAAAGUUUGUUAUUUAAGAAAAAGGUAUACUUGAAAAUCGUUGCCACGAAUAAUUACAAAUUUGUUUUAAGCGAGGAAUAUAUAAAUAUUUAAGAAUUCAGUUUUCA